AUACAAUAAUUUGUUAUAAAAUAUCAAAUAGAAUAAAUUGAUAAGAAAUUCAUAAAUUACAAUCUCAAAGUUACAAGUAUACAAAGUAAACAUAACAAAGAAAUAUUUAUUUUAGGUUUGCUUAAUGGAAUUUCAUCUGAAAAUGUUAAAAAAUUGCAAAAUUCUAUUACCGACUUUAACAAAUAAUCUUCACAAAGGACAAUGUGGCAGAAUAGGAAUAAUAGGAGGUUGUGAAGAAUAUACUGGUGCUCCUUACUAUGCUGCUAUAAGUGCUUUACGCACGGGUGCUGAUCUUGUUUAUGUAUUUUGUUUUAAAUCUGCAGCACCAAUUAUAAAAUCAUAUUCACCAGAACUUAUUGUUCUACCAUAUUUAGAUAGUCCUAAUGCUCUAGAGAAAAUAAAACCAUGGCUUCAAAAACUACAUUCACUUGUUGUUGGUCCUGGUCUCGGAAGUGAUAUGAUCGCUCAAAAUACAGUUAAGGACAUUUUUCAAUAUAUAAGUGGCAAUUCCAGUUUAAAUAAAAAUCAAGUUCCGAUAAUUGCUGAUGCAGAUUCCUUAACUAUUAUUGAAUCUGAUACAUUCAAAAAUUACAGUGGAUGUGUAUAUUUGACUCCAAAUGUACAUGAAUUUUCUAAAUUAUCUCUUAGAUUGAUAAACCACCAAACAUACAAGCCAACUGGUGAUGAUAUACAGGCUGUCUUAAAAAAAUUAGAUGGUAAUUACACAUUAAUUUUAAAAGCAGAAGAAGAUAUGAUAGUUAAUAAAAGAACAACAACAAUAAAUAGAGAAAAAGGUUCAUCAAGACGUUGUGGUGGUCAGGGAGAUAUUUUGGCUGGAAGCUUGGGAACAUUUGCAUACUGGGCAACUAAACAAAAUAAAUAUAAUGAAUGUGACCCAGAAAUUCUUGCAGCCUAUGCUGCAACUUCAUUGACAAAAUAUGCUAACAAGAUCACUUUUGAAUCAAAGGAAAGAAGUAUGAUCACGACCGAUAUUAUUAAAAACAUUCCAAAAGCUUUUCAAGAAUUAUUUACAAAAGGAAAAGAUUAAAAUAUAUUUUUUUAAGACUUGUAGAAAAAUUUUGUUUUUUUGAAAUAUGAACUAGGUUCAUUUAUCUAUGAUUUUAUCAGCUUAUAUUUUACUUAUGUAAAAAAAUAUAGAAAAUAAUAUUUAGUUUAAA